AGAGGAGGAGGAGGAUGUUGAUGUUGAUGAAGAGGAGGUCACUUCCCUGUCUCCUCCUCCUCCUCACUGUGGUUCAUGUUCAGUUCUGCGUCAGGGACAAAUCUGUCAACUGGAGCAUUUGUCGGAUUCCAAACUGUCUCUUCUUCAUCGAGCUACAAGAUCCACCAACAGAAUGACCUUCACAUGUGACCAGUGUGGGAAGGUGUGGCCGAGUGCUUACACGCUGAAAAGACACUACAGAACUCACACGGGAGAGAGACCGUACAGCUGUGACCAGUGUGAGAAAACAUUUUCACUUUCAAGCAACUUGAUUUCACACAGAAGAACUCACACAGGGGAGAGGCCCUACAGCUGUGAAAUCUGUGAUAAGACGUUUUCAAUGUCGAGCAACCUCGUGUCACAUUUGAGGAUCCACACAGGAGAGAGGCCCUACAAGUGUGACCAGUGUGAGAAGGUGUGGCCUAAAGCUUCAGACCUGAGAAGACACUACAGAACUCACACGGGAGAAAAACCGUACAGCUGUGACGAGUGUGGGAAGGGCUUUAGACACUCUGGUGCGCUCUAUGAACAUGUGAGGAUCCACACAGGAGAGAAACCGUACAAAUGUGUCGUUUGUGAGAGAACAUUUACACAGUUAAGCACCUUAGAAUCACACAUGAGAGUUCACACUGGAGAGAAACCUUUUAAAUGUGAGGAGUGUGGGAAGGAAUUUAGAAGUUCUGGUAACCUCCAACAACAUCUGCAAAUCCACGCAGGGGAUAAUUCAUUCAGAUGUGAGAUUUGUGAGAAGACGUUUUCUCGGUCAGGCAUCCUGAUAUCACACAUGAAAAUCCACACAGGACAGAGCCGAUACGAGUGUGACGAGUGUGGGAAAGCUUUCUCUAAAUCAUCUAAUCUCAACAGACACAAGAGACUUCACUCCUGGCAGAUCCUGUACGAGUGUGACCAGUGUGAAAAGGCUUUUAGAACAUCCCAGGAGCUCUCCAGUCACCACCGAACACACACAGGAGACAAACCAGACGAGUGUGGAGAAAGAGGAGAAGGACUUCAGGUCUGUGAGGAACCGUCUGAAACACGUCCAAAUGUUCCAGAGUGAAGAGAAAAGCUGCAGCUCUGACCAGUGUGGGACGACUUUGAGACGAGCCGCAGCCUCUGGAACACACUAAAGGAGAAAGAGCCGCUGAGGCCGGUGUUCCGUCCAAAUGAGCUCCAGCAGCCGAAAUCGACAGCGACGUCUAUCGAUUCACGCUGCGCCGUCGAAAUAAGCUCCUUCUGUUUUUCUGUUCACUGUUGUAUUGAUCCAAUAAAACCAAACCCGGAACCUGA